AUGUCUACCAAGUGGGUUCCUCUCGAAGCCUCUCCCGACUGGUCAAAGCCACUCGGUCUUCCGGCUUCUCUCACAUUCCAAGACCUCUUCUCCCUCGACCCAGACUUUCUCACCUUCAUCCCCGGUCCCCACAAGGCCGUCCUCCUUCUCUUUCCUUCCAAGGGCAAGCUCGCCGAAGAGAGAAAGAAGGAGGAAGAGAACAAGGCUAGUGGGGAGGGUGUGUUCAAAGGUGAAGGAGUUUGGUGGAUCAAACAAACGAUCGGGAACGCUUGUGGAUCGAUCGGCUUACUUCAUUCGCUGUUGAACCUUCCUGAAAAGGGCCCCGAUGCUGUUGAUCCUUCCUCCAAGCUCGCUCAGUUCAAGGCCGAAUCGCUGCCUUUGACCGGACUCGAGCGAGCCAAGUUCCUUGACGAGACCACCUUCUUCUCUGACGCCCACACCUCUGCCGCUCAGGAGGGCCAGUCCAGUGUACCUACCGACCUCGAAAAUGUCGAGGAGCACUUUAUCGCGUUUGUUGAGGCUAUCAAUGAGGAUGGGGAGAAGAGGAUCGUCGAGUUGGAUGGUGGACGAACGGGGCCUUUGGAUAGAGGAGUGUCGACCAACUUUUUACCUGACGUUGCCAAGGUCGUCCAAGAGAAAUACUUUGACCGCGCCGACGGGGCUGUCAACUUCAACAUGAUCGUUUUGGCCGGCAAGGGUGACGAGUGA